AAACUUAAAUUAUUUUUACAUCUAAAUCGUUAUUUUACAUAUGUUCAGGGGCAGGUUUCACAUGCUAACAUAAGAGAAUAUUUUUAUUAUAUAGAUCAUAAUGGACAACUAUUUUUGGAUGAUUCAAGAAUGAAAAAUUUUACAUCUUGUUUCAAAGAUGUCAAAUUUUUAACUUUAUUCUUUAAGAGACUUCACAAAAACAAUACAGGAAGAUAUGAGGCAGACUUUCCUUACCUAUACAUUUGUGCCAACGAACAUAAUUAUGCUAGAUGUGAUGAUAUUCCCAUAGUUUUUACAGAACUAAUCACUCUACCUUCAAAUAGUAGCACAAAUAAAUAUGGGUUAAUAUGCAAUAACACGGGUAAAAAUUUAUGUCAAAGCUUCUUACCUUGUGACAUAUAUGUCCAUCCUCUAACAGGGAGGGUUUAUCAUCCAAGCAAUGACCCACCUUUGGUAUCUGGAGUUGGUUUGAUUAAAUCUAGCUUAGCUCAAUCAAUAAGUCAUCAUUUUAUUCCUCAAGAUCAUUCAUAUGAUGAAAAGAAAAACAAAACUAGUGACGAUAUACCUAUAACUUCAAAAUAUUUUGAAUGGGAAGGGAUCAAACACAAGAUGACAGGAUCCAUUGCUAAUGCAGUUGAAAAUGAAAGUUUUCACGUAAAAGGAUAUAGGAUAAAAAUCGUCAGUUAAAGAAAUAUAAUAUUUUUUUAAACCAAAUAUACAAUAUCAAUAUUUAAUUUUAUAUAAUAUAACAUAUUUAUAUAAAAUUAAUCUUGUUUAUUAACUAUGUCUUUAUUAAUUAAACAAACUUUAUAUAUUUUUCAAUAAAAUGGCUACAUUAAUAUUUUUGGAUAAAAUAAAUACCCUA